GCUUGCUGGAGCUGCGGGCGAGGAGAGAAAAAUGUCCAUCCUUACUUCUCCCAGAGGGAAGGUCGAGGUGGUGCACUGCCGAAGAACAGAAUCACAGGACAUCUUCUGUAUCAAAAAUCUCGUUAGAAAGUUUACUCAGAAGCUGUUUGGGAGACUCAACAUAAUCUAUUUGCUAGAAAAGGCAAACCUCGCUGUUACUGUCUGCAACGACAAGGAGGAGAUCAUGGCCCACUCCAUCUUCUUGGACUAUCCCAACUGGAACGUUGCCAAGCAGGACAACUGGAUCCCAGUGUUCAGGGAACUUGACAGAGAAAUCCCAUGCACACCCCUGAACACGCUGUUUAUGCACUUCUUUGUGGCUGUGGACGAGUAUGCCACUGGCUGCCUCAAAGAGAUCAUCCGGACUGUGUUCAAGGCAGUACCAGAACUGUACUUCAUAUUCCUUAUAGUGCCAACAUAUCUGAGCCUGGGCUCAACUCUGAUAACCGUGUUUGACCAAGUGGGGAACAUUCCUUGUCUGAACUAUAAUGAAGACUUUGCAGUGCACAUAUGUCACAGGCACAACCACUACCCUCAGCUGCAUAUUCGCAAAGCCAGGGUAGAAGACCAUGAUGAUCUCAUGCCAAUAUUUAUGCACUAUGACAACACUCUGAAGGAAAUUUAUGGUGAAUACUUCUUGGCUGAACUGAUCGAGGCCCAAGAUAAAGACCAUCAUGCUGUGGUGUGUGAGGUGGAAGGCAAGGCUGUCGGGUUCAUGAGCGUGUGCACCAGCGUGAACUUGCCCCUGCUACACGAAUGCUUCGAUCUGGGACCUUUCCAUGGAUUCUGCACCCCACAUCCUGAUGAUAUUCUGAAACCGUCCAAUGAACCAAAUCUUGAAGAAGGUGAAGAUAGUGACAGCCAAGGUUCUCCCAAGGAGGAGCAAGAAAUGACCUUAGAGAUGACCCAGGAGAAUGAGACUGAAACAUCAGCUUCACUCGAGGAGGCCCGGCUGCCAACAGUCUCUGAGGAAAUGCAGGACAUGGACAAGAAUCUAAGCAUCCUUUCCUUAGUGGACGAAGACGAUGUCGCCAGCAGCCUGAGCUCCUCCCUCCUCUUCUCUGUGGAAUCCUCCCAUUUCCGCCCCCUCUACCUGGGAGACCCGAUUGCGUUUUGUAUUCAGCUCUUUUGCAUUGAUGAGAGAUACGAGGCACGGUCGCUGGAUUUCAUGAGUUUCGUUUUCAGUCUUUUUCCUGGUAAGAACUUCUGCUUAAUAUCUGUACCCCAUCUCACGCCUGAGUUUGUCCUCAUCCAGAACUUUGUGAAGGUCGUCCCAUUCAACAAUUGCACCCUGGACCACGAUCUCUAUGUGUUCCAUCGAGCUGGGCUGCUCAGGUCCAUUACGAUAAGAUUAGCUAAGUUUCUGGAUACUGCUGGUGUUGAAAAGCUUGUCAACACCCUCCUGCUGAGUACAAAGAUACUGGAUGAUUUAGCCCAGUACAACGAGGCUGGCAGAGACCCUGAUGGAACAGCACUGCAGGUGUUCGUGGCAGAAGUUGCAGAUCAAAUAGUUGGCAUUGCAGUGAUCAGAAAAGAAAUGGAUAUAGAGUACAUACGAUCUCAUUAUAACAUUGAGGAUUUCAUCUACUUCAGUCACCACCAGCAGGAAGAACAUGGGCGCUUGAACCAUUUUGCCCUGAACCCCAUUUUCCGACACUACACCAAGUUUUUCCUAAAGGAGAUCCUUCGCUUAGGCCAUAAGUCAUGUCUCUACUAUCCUGUGUACUCACAGAUCCGGGAAGGCAAGCUCCAGAGCUCUUACUCCCACUCCCUGACAUCUGCCCUUCAUUACUUGGUUCCCGUGCGACCACGACGACAGAUUGUCUAUCCUCUGGAAAAGCUUGGCAUAAACGCUCCAUCAAAGGAGGUCUCCAAGGAUCAGAUGAGUUAUGCCUUGAACCACACCAACAGAAAACUAACAUUAGAACCGAAAGUCACUGUCAAUGCCAGAAUUGUUGUGGUCGGUGCGUCCAGUGUUGGAAUUUCAUUCCUAGAGACAUUGGUGUUUUGCUCUCACCUGAAAUUUAAUAAUCUCACCCUGAUUUCAACUCAUGGACUCCCAGGAAAAAGACUUUUGCACAACGAACAGAGGAAGUUUCUAGCAAGCGACCACUGUUUUAAUGAUAAAGAUUAUGCACUGAUGUCACUGUGCUCCUGGGUUAACGUUGUGGUUGGUCGAAUGACGGCCAUAGACCGAGCAGCCAAGCAGGUUGUGGUUUCCAAUAGUGAGAUUGUGUUCUACGACCACCUCAUUCUCUGUACCGGGCUGCAGUACCAGGUUCCGUGCCCCACAGGGGCUGAUAUUGGGCAACACCUGACGAACAGAGAGGUGAUGGAGCUCAGCAAGCAGCGGUACACUGGCAUAGUCCCUUCCAACCUUUUCAUUCUCAACGACGAGGAAGACUGCGUUAGGACGCUCUUUUGGCUGAGAAACAACUCCAUCCUCACAGAAGGGAAGGUCAUUGUCUAUGGGAAUACACUUGACGCUUACACAACAGUGGAGACACUCCUAAACAUUGGCAUGAAGGGGAGCGGCAUCUACUUUGUGCAUCCCCCAGCUGAAUCAAACAUAACCUGUAUCAACAACUAUGAUGUAGAGAGUGCUGUGAAAGAUGCACUUAGUGCCGCUGGGGUGACAGUCUUUCAUGACGCAUUGUUGGCUCAGUGGAACCAUGGCCAGGACCCGGAUCCUAUCUACAAUGCCUGCUUCACCACCUCCACCAAGCCUUUCAGACUGGAGUGUUCAGCGUUCUUCAGCUUCUACAAGAAGAACGUGGAUUACGAAACAUUUAAAGCAUUUAAUGAUGCAUGCCUUGUCUAUGAUGGCCGACUUGUGAUUGACACCACCUUCCACACCAACGACAUAGCCAUCCGAGCUGCUGGUUCCCUCACCAAAUUCUCCAACCGAUAUUACUCAAAUGAGUGGACUCACAGCAAUUUCAGUUCCAAAGAAAUUGGCUUUCAGCUAGCUGCAGCUAUGCUCAGUCUCUUUGACCCAACCCUUGAGCCUAUGACUGAACCACCAGCUGACCUUGACCGCCUCAUCCCCAUGUACAAGGGAGCCAAGAUCCAAGGAGGGAUUCUUCCUGGGUCUUAUCAUUAUCUGCAUAUUUCCAAACCUGCCAUCCCAACUCCUUUGGAUCUACAAAGGUCACAGCCUGAUUUUGGUUCAGAUGUAGUGACGGGUAAAGCGAAAAAGGGGACGUACUUCCGACUAUACAUUAACAACUAUAAGUUGGUGGAGACCAUCACGUGCUUUUCAAAGGAGCCUUUCCCAUCCUCCAACUACAUCCGCUUGUUUGGACAACAUGAGCAAGUCCUCAACAACCUGUGUACUCGUUUUGAUGACAAACUGAUCCCAGAUCUCUACAGCUACUUCACGGAGCCGUGGUGCAUGGCCCUCUUCCACGAUCGUUUUAUUGAUCUCAAGAAAGAGUUGCGCCAAAUCUUAAUCUCCAAGCAGGAGGAAGACAAGCCUACCAUGGAGCAGAUAGCCUACCAGUUAGAGGAGGAGGAGAUAAACCUGAAUGAGAAGCCCCAGAAAUACCUCCAAAGGGUUUUUGAGGAUUCCAUCUACAAAAGCCUGCUGGAGAAGAGCAUCCUAGAUUACCUUCAUUACAACCAGUACCACCUGCCCAUGUACGCAUGGCCAGGCAUCAUUUAG